GACUAAAAGCCGCCGCUGCUCUGCAGGCUGAAAUUGAGGGCGGGGGCAGCUGCAGCUGCCUUGGAAACCGCGGCUGCGACUCUGCUACCCCUGGCUGGGCGACCCUGCAGAGAGCCUAGCCCAGACAGCUCAGAGGCUGAGGCGCCAUCCUUUCCUCUGCAAGGCCUACGAGGUGUGACAGCUCUUCACAGCAGACCCUGAGCAUCCUCUGCUCAUCUACGAAGGUAAAGGGAGGUGCAACCGCAUAAUGCGGAGAUGGGAGGAUGAAACCUUAAUAUUUUGGGCUUCAGAAUUGGCAGCUUCGAGGCAAGGAAGUGAACACCCUAGCGGUUGGGCUAUAUGGUGGUAUGAGCAGCUCAUCAAAGCCGUUAUCAAACGUGAAUUCUGUGUGACUGAUUGCAGAGCUGUUUAGACUAGAGGCCCAGAGCACCUGGAUCUGAGAGCCUGCGGUCAGGGAUCAAUCCUACCCAGACAAGAACUAUUACGGAAAGCACUUGUUGCAGAGACUGGGCUGGAAAUAAAGGUGGAAGCCAGUUUCUGAGCUCUGUUCCUACCCAAACACAAGGAAGAGACUGCCGGGGAACGUUCCUUUGGAGGUUUCUGCAGAUUGGACUGUCUUUGUUUGCAGAGAGUCCAAGCGUCUUGUAUUCAGAUAUCCAAUUGUUGCGGGCAUGGCUAGCCUCCUUGCUGGGAUGGGGAACAGUCGCCGGCAGAAUGCAGCUUUUAUGCCUUUUGCCCAUUCCAUGCUGAGGGCCCUGGGGAGGAGUCUUGGUCCUUUGAUUGCCAAUAUUGCAGAGAGAAACAUACAGUCGUUCUCUGGGAGGGCAGAGCUAGGGCCCGGGGAAGAAACCUUUGAGAACUGGCUAAGCCAAGUCCAUGAGGUCCUGCCAGAUUGGCCCAUGUCUGAAGAAGAAAAGAUCAAACGCCUGAUGAGAACCCUUAGGGGCCCUGCCCGGGAGGCCAUGCGGUUGUUCCAGGCUGACAAUCCCAAUCUAAAUGUCGCAGAAUUUUUGCGGGCAAUGAAGUUGCUCUUUGGGGAGUCUGAGAGCAGUAUAACAGCACAUGGCAAAUUUUUAAACACCCUGCAGGCACAGGGAGAGAAACCAUCCCUGUAUGCGAUCCGUUUAGAGGUGCAGCUGCAGAAUGCUAUCCAGGCAGGGGUCCUUCCUCAGAGCGAGGCAAACCGGACUCGCCUGCACCAGCUCCUUGUAGGGGCUGAGCUGAGUAGGGAGCUGCGCAUCAAGCUUAAGGGUCUUCUCCAAAUGCAUGCGCACAAUGAGCAAGAGUGCCUUCCUGACUUCCUGGAGUUAAUCAGGAUGAUAAGGGAGGAAGAGGAUUGGGAUGACAAUUUCCUUAGAAAUAAGCGGCCCAGGAGAUCCGAGACAGUAAUGGAGCGGGCAGCCAGCCCUGUCGUCUUUCAGGGCUCCCUGCCUAUAGUGAUAGGCAGUGCCGACUGUAAUGUGAUAGAGAUAGAUGAUUCCCAGGAUGAUUCGGAUGAGGAUGUGAUCCUGGUGGAGCCUGAGGACCCUCCACUCUCAUCCCCAGGUGCCUCAUCCCUCCGAGGCACAGCCAGUACUCAGGAAGAAAUGCUAAUUAUCGAAUCCCCUGAUGAUUUUGAUGAGGAGUCUCCUUCCACUAGCAGUGGUUCUGGGCAAAGGAAUAACGGGCCUGGGGAUCUAGGUAGAACCAGAAAGCGCAAGUACCCAAUCCGCUGUCCUCACUGUGGGGAAGAGGGCCACGCCAAAGAAACCUGUGACAAUACCAGCAACAAGGGCCAGGUUUUUGAGAAUUUGAUAGUCACUCUGCAGGAGCUGACUCACAUGGAGAGACCAAAACCCUCUGUACCAUACUAAGGUGUGAGACUCAGCCCCAGAUCAGUGUUUAAAUCUCCUCAGAAGCUAAUUCUGGAGGAAAAAAGGAUGGGGUGGGCUUCUGACAUAAGGAAUUCAUUUAAACCAAGCUUUUCUUUGGAGAAGAAAAAGCAAACUGGGGUACCAUGCAACAGAGAGGCAUGGGCUCACAUCAUUCCUUGCUCAUUCCAUUAACUGCUACAUGGUUGUUUCUCUGUGUGUCUUUCUCUGGUGAUUUUAAUCUAUCCGUGAAGUGGUAUCUUUUUGAACCUUCCAGAUGAAAUUAAAAAGAAAAAACUAAAGUGUGCAUUACCUGAAAAUCUCACCCUGAAUUGUCAGCCCUUUGGUGAAUGUCCUGUAUAUUUAUUUCCCUGUACCUGUGUGCCUAGGUAUAUAUGUAUUGAUAAAAGUGAUCACAUAUAAGUGCUGUUCUAUAUUAUGUAUUUUUUCAUCAGGCAGUAUAUAUUGUGGACUUCUAAAUAGAUGAAUAUAUAACCAUCUAAUGUCAUGCAUACUAUAUCUUUGGUGAAGACAAAUAAAAACUGAAACUAAUUGUAACAACUACAGCAGGGGUGUUUGAUUUAAAGGUAGGAGGGGAAGUUGAAAUGAGCUACAUAUCUCUUCAACACCUGUUGUAGUUACUGGUCUGCCUCCUAGUUCAUACAGCCAUCUGCACCAACUAGUUAAUGUCUCAAUGUCCUCAAACAUAUAUUGAGAAGUCUGACCAUGGCCCAAAAGAAGAGCCACCCCUGUCUGGUUCUGCCUCACCUCUCAGCCUGAAAUCAGAAGCUGAAGCUGACUUCUGGUAUCUGUCUUUGAGUAUCCUUCUUGUGGGUACAUUAGUCUUUUACUGAAAAAAAAAAAAGAAGAAUGACUGCAUAUAAGGCUGACGGCAGAGUGUAAAUGAAUGCUGAUUUAAGGAUCUGAAACAUUUGUAAAAGAUUAAUAUUUAUUUGAAGUAUAGGACUUUUUGCCUGCAUGUAUUAUGAGCUUACAGAAGGCCAUAAGAUGGUGUCAGAUCCCCUGUAUCUGGAGUUUUAAGUAUCCAUAUGGGUAGGUACCGUGAACAAAAUCUAGGUCUUCAAGGGCAUAAAGUGCUCCUGUCUGCUGAGAUAGCUCUGCAGUUGCAGUCUGAAUCAUUUUACCCCAAUAUAAUAGGGUUUGCACAGGUUUGUGAAGAGGGUGUGCAACAGUGGUAGCUGGCAUGUCAGGGACAAAGUAGAGGCCAGGUGCUACAUGCAAGUUAUAUAGCCUUCCCCGGGAUUCUGUACUCACAACCAGCUUUAGAGUGCUUUUCCUAGAAUCACCCUUCUUGGGUGGCCCUGCUGGGCCUCUUGUCCUGUUCCAUCCCUACCCCCACAAUAUCCUCUUGUUCUUCCCCUUUACUGAAGCCACAUUCGUUUCUUGGUGAUGGAGUUGGCUCACACCCUUCUGUGUUUUCUGCCCAUAACCAUCUCCCCUGCUUUCAGCACUUCAUGUUGACCUAAAGCCUUCAGGGUCAGAAGGGGAGUAGAAGGCCCUGCGGUCCUGAGAUAGAGCUUGCCAGGGGCAAAGGUUCAAGGGGGAGAGACAUUUCUUACAUCUUUCUCAAAUAAUUCUGGGCACUUGGCAGUCAUAUCCAUAUCUGAAUAGUCAAAAUGGGCCCCUCCCCUACCUCCUGCCUAGGUUGCUCAGGCCUACAAAGUCACAGGGUCCUCAACCUUCUUUCAAUUUUAUAGCUCUUACCUUUUUUCUAUAAUCAAAUCUACCCUGAUUCCCAGAAUAUAAAAUCAUUUCUGCCCAGGCUGCUCAUCUUUUCUCAGUCUUACUCUGUUUUGGGGGGAGUUCCCCAGAUUUACAGGUUCCAUUAGAAAAUAGCUAGCUUUAAGAAGAAAUAUGUGCUAUAUCCACACUGCUGCUGUUACCUUGGAGGUCCAGUGUGGAUUGUUGAUUGGAAAAGCUAUAGCUUUUAUAUUCUGUAGCACAUCCUCUUGUAUUCCAUUCCCAUCCUUUCAACUAUACAAACCUGAGAGUGUGUGAAUUUUCAUUUCACCAAAAAUGGUGAAAAGCUGAUGGUUUCAUUUUACUUUGUGGGACACUGAAUUUUCCUUUAUUGAAGAACUAUGUACAGACUUUGUGUGUGACAACUGGCCUAGGACCUAGUACCUAUCACCCUCCUAGUGGCUGCUGAGCCCUGCCAACUACCUAGUGCUUGCUGCUGCCCUCAAGGCCAUGCCCUGGAGCUCUUUAAUAAAACAGCCCUUAACGUGCUGCAGCCUCCAGAGUUUAGAAAUGAAAAUUUUUUUAUCUUUAGCUUCAACCUUGAAGACACUUCUGUUCUUUACAGCUUUAAGGAUCACAGUUCCUAUCUGAUUGUAUUUUACAACUAAAUCUUAUAUUUGAAAAUGCCGUUGGAAUGUCCAAUAGAGACAGCUAUUUUAUGCUGCAAUUGCUGCUGUUCACGUGGUUCUGGCCCUGUUUGUCUAUGUGGCCUGGAAUAAAGGCUCAUGGUGGCAUGAAGACAAAGAGGACUAAAGCAAAUAUCACCUUUUAAUCACAUGAAAUUUAUUUUUGGAAUAUGUUAAAACACUUCUGGGAUAUUGAUAAUAAAUAUAUUGCUUGAAUAAAGUUGAAAGAACAUACUUAAAAACAAAGAAAUAUGUACAAACUG